CGUCGAUCAAGCGAGACAUCGCAGUCAGUACCGGCACGCUCGCUCGCAUACGUGUCCAUUUGUAUGACACGCAUCAUGAUGCAGACACAACUACUUCCUGCCCUUCUUUCCGCCCUCCUCGCCCUCCUCGGUAUCGCGUCGCCGCUUGAGGGCGCGAUAUGGUUCCGCGGUGACCGCAGGAGGAGGUGCUUGGCCGCCAAGUACCAGAAUGGCCAUCUUCCGCAGCAAAUUCUCCUCGCCCGCCGGCGAGCACGAAUACGCCAUCCAAUCGACCAUGUAAUGGUACUUCUCUGGCACAUCUGGCACCAGCUUGCGGGCCUCGGAGGGCAUUGGAAUCGAGUGUUGAGUGGACCACUCAACAUGGUCCGAAAGGGCAUUAUAGAUCAUUAUGCGGUGUCCCACGCCUUCCAUGUACCGGCUACGCCGCGCAUCGGUCUCUGCAUGAAAGAGCCACCCGAGAUAUACAGAGGCACAUCACAUACACACACCCAUACACGGAUUCGUGUAUGGUACCUGUAUCUGCAUGCAAUCGGGGGUCUUCGAACAUCUUUAUGAGUUGCCGUCCUGAAGUAUAUCGUGUGCUGUGCACGAAGCACGCUUCACUGGGGUCCAGCAGUGCCGAUAGCAUGUCGAGGGCCUUCUGAUCGCCGGGGUCGCGCGCAAGCAUCGUUUUGAGAAGACCUGAUAUACUUCCGGAGCUGAUAUGUGCGAUGUCGUCCCACUCGAAUGGCGCGGACUCGGUCAGGGGUAUGAUGCGCAUAGUCGAGAAGUCGAUGAGCUGUAGGUCUUUGGCUGAUAUCUCGGUCGACAGCAUGACGCCUUCCUGCACAACACACGAGAGAGAGAGGACAAGGAGAAAAAGAGGGCAGGGUUGACUGCAUGUACGUGACAGGCUUGACUACCUCGCCCGGGAUCUGAAAGCCGAAAUUUGGGUCGAUGGCCUCCGUGGGGUGCAGGGGAAGGAGAAUGUUCCCGCUACAUGGAUGCAUGCAUUCAUAAGACAAAUGGUGUCUCCGUGUCUCACUGGAUUGUGCAGCUCUCUCUGUCUACGCAUUUAAGUCGCCAUGGUAAAGGCCGUGUCGGUGCAGUCGAUAGACGCCUUCGAGCAGAAGUAGCACCAAAAACCGCCCAAAAGGCAUCUUGACGGAAGAGAGGUCCGCGCCCUCCCCUCCAAGAAGCGACACGUGCCCCUUGACCGACACAGUGGUAGCGGGGUCAAUCACAAGAUUCACAACCUUGGCCGACUCAUUCACAAAGUGUUCCAUCAUGGCCAGCACCUCGGCGAACGGCACACCGGUCAUUUCGCCGAGGAUCAUGUAGUUUUCCUCGGGCACUGCGAUUGGCUGAAUGAUGGCUGCCUUCACGCAGGUCGAAGAUCGACAUGUCUCCCCUUCCUC